AUGGCACGCUUCUUUACCAUUAUUCUACCUCUACUUGCCGCUUUCUCCGCCGCCGCGACCCCUUUGAAGCGCACGGUAGCCCAAAUUGAGGCUGACAUCGCCCAAAUUACGAGUCAGGUUGCCGCCCUUGACACCGCUGUCAAGGGAUUCACAAACUCUCUUACCCAAGCCCUGGCCAUCCACAACGAUGCCGUAGCUCUCGUUUCUACGAUCAACCAGGGCACUACGGAUGUGAACGCCACCCCACAACCAUCUGAAUCCGACAGCCAAACAAUUCUUAACUCCGUACAAGGCUUCGUUCCAUCCGUUACUGAUGCACUGCAGGCCAUCAUCGACAAGAAAGCUGCCUUCCAGGCUCUUCCUAUCGGAGGUAUACCCGCACUUGUUAAACAGGAUUUGGCCAAUCUUAAUACUGCUACCGUUGCAUUUGAGAAUGGUCUGAUUGCCAAGGCCCCGACUGACUUGAAGAGCCAAGCUCAGAGCAUUGCGAACACGGUUAACGCCGCUCUUGCUUCCGCACAGGCUGCUUAUGCACAGUUCUGA